GAUUGGACAUGUUGGGGGGGGGUACCCCUCGGUCUCAUUUCUUGCUGGGUAUAAAAUCGAGAGGAAUAGUCAGAUUGGUCAGAUUUACCUGGUCUGGGAACCAGACUACGUCAAUGGCACGGAGUAUAAGUAGAUAGGAGACCGUGUGUAGUGCGCGAACACAAAUAUAAACAACAUGACGUCUCAAAAUUACGGCCCCAAAUGGCUGGUAGAAAGAGCCCAGAAAUGUCUAAAAUGCGACCCACACUCUGCCAAAGCUUUGCUUAUCACGGCAAGAACGUUACACCCUCAGGACUUUGGAAUACAGUUUGAAGCUUACUGCAUCGAGAAGUCUGCAAGAAACUCGCGUCCAGCAUCAGUGCUGCUUUUAGAAAUGUUCGAGCAGUUCAAACAGGAAACGGCGCUAUGGAAGGAACUUCAGAUAGUAACAGGUGCUUUGAAAUCUAACACGGAUGAUGAAAAUGGGCUGUUCUUACAAGAGGUGUUUUCAUCACUACCAGACAAGGCUCAAUUUGACAUCUUACUUCUUAGUGCAGAUCACUGUAGUGACAUCUUGGAGAGAUGUCAGCUGAAGUUAUUGCUCAUCAACCGAUUUCCUGACGCCAUCACUGAGCAUGGGGAACCGCUCGUUGAUAUGCUGUUGGAUGCGGAGAAGAAUGAAGGAGAGAAACUAGCAGUCAACCGUUUCCGUAGGGUCAUGGUUUGCGAAGUUCUCCCCGUCAUCUGUGCAAGCAAGAAAGUGAACUGCCAGCCCAAGCAAUACCACAAGUGGCUGCAGAAAGCGGUGGAGUUCUACACAGUCUAUGCCACCCAGCCAGCCUGGAAGACAGCCGAUCCCAAUGGGACCCCCAAAGGGCCAACUGCACCCCUGCUGUCCCCCCAGGCAGGCAAGGGGCAGAGCUUUGGGUUUGGGGAGCUGACCCAUCCUUGGGAGAAACUCCGUCAGCUGCUGGUCAUGAUCGCUGACAAGUGUGGAUGGGACACAAAGUUUGUGCCUGAUGAAGGCAGGCCGUUCACGGUGAACUGGCUACAUAUCAAUGAGCAUUACAGUCGGGCUAAGUCCAGUGAGGCCGCUAACGUCAGGAAGCCUGUCUUCUAUUCGACGUUGGUCUUGUUUCUUCAGGCUGUGCAUGGCUUCAUGAGUGCUGUCGAUCCUGAACAGUUUGCAAAUUCCAGUACCAGUCCAUCUCAUCAGCCUUCUCUGGUCCUCCUGGAAGACCUGGAAUGCAAACGAAGAGUCAAGAAACACCACAAGCACGCUCACAAGAGGAGGAAACUGGACACUGGAGAAAAAGAGGGUGACUCUGACAGCUCAGAUGACCCAGUAUUCCAUCUCCCUCCUGCCACACUACGCCUUAACAAAGUCACAGGGGUCACACAAGAGGUCGUUGACAUGUUCCAGACCGCAGUUGAUUGUUGGCAGCUUCUCUCCUCCAAUGAAACAUUUGAAAAGGAUUUCAACUGGUUACUACACAGAUGGAAGGCAGACACAUGGCCAUGGUUUACAGCAUUCCAGAUUGAUCGCUUUUUAUUUAAGGCCGAAUUUGACCAAGCCUUGAGAAUGCUGCAAGAGCAAUAUAAGAAACUCUCCACAGCACAGCAGACCGCGGGGAACCAGCAGGUGCUGAAGACUCUUCUUCAGACAGCAGCUUGCUACUUCAGACAAAGCCAGCAUUCGAGUGCCUGUGAAAUGACACUGAAUGCUGUCAGGCACUUACCAACAAUGGCUAAAGACACUCCCCAUGCUGCUCAAAGUGUGGCAACAACAGAAAAGAUGUACAAUAAGAACCUUAGGCAGCUCCCGCUGGUACCCUGCACUUCAUUGGCUCUCCUGCCUUACUUUGUGCAGCUGUUGUUACUUAGCUACAAGAAGAAAGUUUUCCACCUGAGAGACACAGAGGACACAGCCUUGGGUCACAUGCUGGUUUUAAUGCAAUAUGAUUGGCCGAAGGAAGAGGUAUUAUUCCAAGAAUUGAUCAAGAAAUUGAAAAGGCAAGGAAGUUUCUCCUAUCCCAUAUUCUUCCAGUAUAUCAUCAACAUUGAUAUGCUGGAGGAGUUUGCAUUUUUAAAGACGGAGACAGGAGGCAAGUUGCAGUUAGAUCUUCUUCCUCCUAACCCAUCUGUCAUGAGGCAGAGGACUGUCACUAGAAAUAUAACAAAAGGCGGGAAGGAAGACUUUCGCAUUGCCAUGGAGAAGCAGGUAGUACGGUGUGGAGAAAACCUGGAUGCAUUGAUGAGGACCUUUCUGACCAAUGAGCGAGACUCUUUACAGCGGCUGCUCAUGUGAAGUGUGAAAAACCAUGAAAAGGUCUAAGAGUGGAUCUAAACUGACACAAGACUUGGAGCUGCCAAGAAAAAAGCAAGACAUAUUGCCGUCUGAUGAGAUUGAUUUGAAGUAUCGACAGUACCUGGACUGGAAACCACUAAACGUAUUGCUGGUUGGAUUUGUUGAGAUUGAAGCAUUUAAGUUAGCACAAUGAAAAAUCUCAUAUUUAGUUUGGGACUUUUUUGCAAUAGCCAAAGGUGUAUGUGAAAUGGUAUUGCAAAUGGAGGACAAACAGUACAACAAUUUUAAUGCUUCAGUUAUAGAUGUACGGUCAAGGAACGUAAGCCUGUGUAACCGGGGAAAAUGGCACACUACGAAGGAGGGACGUGCAACACAAUAAAAAACUCUAGCUAAACCUCGGAGCUUUGAGGGAAAGAUCGCAAGAAAUCGCAUUAACCACUACCUUCCCGGUGGAUUUCUCUUGAGCGGGAUGAGAUGACGAGAUCUUUUCAAGAUUUUCCGUUUUCAAAAUUCUUCAAAAAUUC